AAUUCCUAACAUAUACGAGAGAAGAGUGCGAGUCUUUAUUUACUCUUCUCGUCGUACGGAUCAAGGGAUACACCAUCCAGCUCCCUUGAUCCCAGUGGUGCGGAGAUAUGCUGAUCGAUUCCCAUAGCUGAAGGCCCUCACAUAUUUAAGUGGGUUCCAAACUGUGGAGUCGCUGCCAUCUUCAAACCUCCGCGGUGGGGAGAAUGCAACCAUGACCCUUUGACGGGCUCCGUGGUAACGCCGGCCAUGACGAGUCGCCAAAAACGUGGAUGGUGGCACUAAUCCCCGUCAAGCGGGGUCUAUCAAUCCUACCCUCUCGCCAUUCCCCCUAUUGUGUUGGAGUACGGGGGAAUAGCGUCCGAGCAGAUCAUCAGGUGAACUUCCAUACCAGGCGCGUAGUGGCCGACUUGUUCAAAAAAUCGGUCCUACUCGAGUUUACACCUGACGCGAUCCCCACGUCUCCACAUCUCCAGCUCUGCAUUUUUCUCAUAUAACGCCAGCUUCCCCUCAUCCUCGCGUGCCUCUGAUUCUUUUGUUCCCCUACGCUUCCGAGACUCUUGAGGGGUUCGAUUCCGCUGGGAGAGAACACAAAUACGCUGAACUGCGUUCGUCCUUUGGAUUCUGCAAAAUGUAUACCGUGGGAAACAUAUACGUGAUUACGGCCGUCGCCGUUAUUGGCGGCGGUCUGUUUGGUUUUGACAUUGCUCCCAUGUCUGCCAUUAUCUCUACUGAGCCAUAUCUGUGCUAUUUCAAAGUAAUCAACAGAAACUCUGAUCUGCUUGUUGAGCCAGGAACCCUAACUCUGUAUCUAGUCAAAUCCAAGGAGACGAUGUCAACAAGUGCUACCUCUAACUGGGCUUUCAACUUUGCGCUUGCUUACUUCGUGCCCCCGGAAUUCGCGAACAUCACGUGGAAGGUGUACAUCCUGUCGGUUUUCUUUUGCACCGCCAUGUUCAUCCACGUCUUCUUCAUGUUUCCCGGGACUGCCUCCAAGACUCUGGAGGAGGUCGAUAACAUCUUCGAUGACUCUACCCCUGGCGCCCUGCGUCUUAUCGGUACCCCCGCAUGGAAGACUCAUGUUAACAAGGAUAUCCACCACACUGAGAGUGGUAACGUUGACCCGGAGAAGCUUGCUACUCUGAAUGCCUACCACGCCGAGGACAAGACUGCUGGUCUGCCUGAUGAGGCUCCAAAGGUCUAA